UUUGCAUACACACUACGUGUUGGGAAAACUGUGUUUGGUGACUGACUUUUAUUUCUGCCAGACUUACGUGAGAAAAGAGCGAUUCUCUUGGUGUUUACAAUAACACAAAACAGCGUCAGAAGACCUCGUUUAUUUAUUUAUUUUACAAUUUUUUUAAACAACAGCUGCAAAUUAAACUGAGUGUUACAACAUUGACAUGGUUGUAUUAGUUGUUUUUUUUACCGAGAAAUCGAUCAGAAGCGACGUGAAAAUGAUCAGAUCCGCCUCUUUCGCCUCUCUGGCUGUAAUGCGCGCUCCCGACGCAGGGGGAACAGAUUUUCACAGGGGAACCGAAUUUCGCACAAGACCGGGGUUUGGAGUGUGACUGCAGGGAGGACGUUAAAGGAAGGGAGUAUUAAAUUACCGCAGUGAAGUUGGUUUCCAGUUGGAUAUUCAAAAUUAUGCUGAAUUCUGGAAGCUUUUUAUAAUCAUAGUUGUUUUUUGUUGUUGUUGUUGUUUAUUUUAUUUUAUUUAUUUAUUGUUAUGUGUUUCAAGUAAAUUGGCGAGGAAACUUGAACAGGUGAGAAGCGUCUCUGAAAACACGGCGAGAGGGGAGUUAACAUUCUCAGGAAGUAUAUGUUCUUGAUCUCGUCUGUAACGCACUUAACGAGUUGAACAGGAAUUUCGUUUUUCGUUUUUCGCCACCUCUUUAUAUCUAACCAUCCCACUAGUUAGUGUGAGAAGAGACUCAGCUCGGAUGACAGGAACAAAUCUAAAUUCAACUCUGCAAGUGUUUCAAACACUUUGGCAAAUCCCCCUCACUCUUGAAAUCACUAACCUGAGGCCAUCUUGAAACCAUGCGAUCGCGCAAACAAAGCUGGUGCCAGCUGUUUCUGAAGCUCACCGUCGCACUGGGAUUACUGUGGACGCUGUUCCUGGUUCUUGAGAUGCAGUCAUCCUGGCCUAUUGACCUGACCCACAGGAACCACUGGUUGGACUACAGGGAUUAUGACUUUGGGCCUGAGACACUGUGCAACUGCUCAGGACUCCUGGAGGGAAACACAGAGGCGCUGGUGGAAGCCAAACUAUUAACCAUCACAAAAGAGUUCCAGAAACAUAUUCAUAUACCUGAUGAGUACUACAUUAAUGAAACCAAGGACUGCAGGAACUUCAAGUCAAAGAGGAAAUAUAUAACAUUUGCCCUUAGCAAAGAAGAAGAAGACUUUCCUCUGGCUUAUUCUAUAGUUGUUCAUCACAAAGUGCAGAACUUUGAGCGACUGCUACGAGCCAUCUAUGCACCUCAGAACAUUUACUGUAUUCAUGUGGACGAAAAAUCCCAGGCCUCUGUAAAAGCUGCCAUCACCGGCAUCGUUUCCUGUUUCCCCAAUGUCUUCAUGGUCACACAUGCUGUGAAUGUGGUCUAUGCUGGGUGGCCUCGUGUCCAAGCUGACAUCAACUGCAUGGCUGAUCUCUAUAAGUAUAGUACAGAGUGGAAAUACUUCAUCAACCUGUGUGGACAAGACUUCCCUCUAAAGACCAACUUGGAAAUGGUGAGAAUGCUGCGCUCGCUGAAGGGCGGCAACAGCAUGGAGUCCGAAGAUAUGCCUGGAUCGAAGAAGUGGAGGAUAUCACAAGUUCACCAGAUUGUUAAUGGGGCAAUCAAGUCGACAGGAAAGUCGAAGAGUCCGCCUCCCUUCAACUUCCCCAUUAAGUCAGGAAAUGCCUAUAUCGUGGUAACUCGGGGCUACAUCCGGAGUGUUUUGAAAGACACUCGAGUACAAGAUCUUAUCGAGUGGGCCAAAGACACCUACAGUCCUGAUGAGUUCCUGUGGGCGACCAUUCAACGAAUCCCUGGGGUGCCUGGCUCGAAGAGACCCCACACUAAGUACGAUCAAACGGACAUGAAUGCCAUUGCACGACUAGUGAAAUGGUUCUCGCAUGAGGGAUCACAGGAUUCAGCGGUGUAUCCUGCGUGUCAGGGCAGCCACGUAAGGUCAACUUGUGUAUAUGGAGUUGGUGAUUUACAAUGGCUGCUGGAGAACCACCACCUGUUUGCCAAUAAAUUUGACAUGGACACAAAUCCCAUUCCUGUCUUCUGCUUGGAGAGACAUCUCAGACAGAAAGCACUGGCUGAAACAGAAGGUCAAUUUUUUUUUUAAUAGAUGACUUAAAACAAGAAGAUCUACUGGAACAUAUUUAUGGUUGGAUUGUAAAUUUGUAGCUGCAAGGGAUGGGGGGUGUUGGUGUUAAUAUUUUGGAGCAACUGUGGCUCAGAGGUGGGAAUUCAUCCUGUAACCUGUGGGUUGCUGAUUUGUAUUUCAGUCAUGUUCUUCUUCUGCAUUACCUGCUGGUGGUGCUGGUCUGAGUAAGGUGGUGCUGAUUGUAUGCCAGCCAUGCCUUCUAAAUGUUGCGCCCCUCUUAAAUAUUCUUUGAACAAAUAUAAAAGAUUUCAAUAUCUUUAAUAUUAAAAUAUCUUGUGUGCUUUGGUUUUGACCCAUUUAGUGUCACUGUGGAGCAAAAAAAAUUUUCAUGAAGUUUUAUGUGUAUGUUUUUUGUCAUUUUUCUAUCCCGUGAUAAAUAAAACAUUAAAAACGCCCAAUUAAAGACAUUUUAGUUUACCUCAUGCCUUUUGAACUGCUGGAUUACCUUACAGGAUUUUCUUGAAUGGGGAAAGUGUUUCCCAACAUUGUAGAUGGUCACUUUUUAAAUAACUUUUGUAGGAAGUGAAAUCUUAAUGGAAAGUAUUACAUACAACAAAUUUGACUUUUUGGAAUGUUUUUUUCUUUAGUUUUUGAUUCAUAAGAAACAUGACCACAAACAUCCAGUGACU